AUCGGUACUUUGAAAUGGGCGUGCCCACUGCAGUGAUACUGUACUAAAAAAAUAUCACACUAUCAGGCGUAUUCGUUUUCUGAUUACCCUCGGUAGAGAGACUGCGCGUGCUACAAUGGAAGACGUUCGGCAGUCGGCAAAUGAUACCAGGCAGUACAGGGUGAUCACGUUGGAAAAUGGUCUCACCGCGCUGUUGGUGUCCGACCACAAGACACGCCCACUGUCUUCGAUGUCUUGUUCCUCGUCCAGACAUUCCUCUCCGUCUCGUCAGUCCACGUCAACACCAGGUUCCUCGAAGAAGGCGAGUCACGGCUGCCUGGUUGGAGCGGAGGAACUACCGGACGUGAAGAUUGGCGAUGAAGCGCAAGUGCCCUCGCUUCCGAAAGUGAGCCUCGCAUCGUCGAUAGCAAAUUACCUCAGCUCUGCAAACUGCGAAGACGUCCCGCAUUCGAAAAGCCCGGAUGAGGGGCACUGCGAUAUGAUGGCCGAACUUGGCUCUGGAUCCUCCAGCCGACCACCGUCGUUGGAGGAACCGUUUUCAGACGCGUCUUCAGAUGAGAGCAUGAGUGACGAUGAUGUAAGUGUCCGCGGUUGGAGCAACAGUGAGCCUGAAAGUGACAUGGAGUCGGGACAGUAUUCCCGUGAAAACGGCAGACAGCACUACCAUACUAGGAAGGAGAAAAUGGCAGCUGCCGCCCUCUGCGUCGGUGUUGGAAGCUUCCACGAACCAGAGCACUUGCCAGGGCUGGCACACUUUCUCGAGCACAUGGUGUUCAUGGGCAGCAGCAAGUACCCGCGCGAGAAUUUCUUCGAUGCUUUUCUGAAGAAGCAUGGAGGUAGUGACAAUGCUUACACCGAAUGUGAGAGAACAGUGUACAAGAUGGAAGUUCACCAGAAACAUUUCUACCGAGCAUUGGACAUAUUUGCCAAUUGUUUUGUAUCGCCACUUAUAAGGAAGGAGAGCAUGGAGAGAGAGUUGGAAGCUAUCGACAAUGAAUUUCAGAUUGUGCUACCUUCUGAUUCCUCUCGUCUUCAGCAAUUGCUUGGCAGUGUUGCCCGUAAAAAACACCCAAUGAGGAAGUUUAUGUGGGGCAACACAAAAACUUUGAAGAAACUGCCAGAAAAGAACGGCACAGAUGUCCAUGCUGCAUUGCACACAUUUUUUGAGCAGCAUUACAGCCCAGCAAUUAUGAAUCUUGCUGUGCAGUCAAGGCAUUCUCUGGAUGAACUAGAAUGCAUGGUCAGAGAGAUAUUUUCUGCAAUACCGGUGCGUGAGCCUGCACCUGAACUUCCAAGGACUCUCACUAAUCAACCAUUCCCAUUAGAGCGGUUUGCCAAACUGUAUAAGGUACAGCCUGUUAAGAAAGUGAACAAUGUCUCAUUCACUUGGGCCUUGCCAUCCCUCAUUCAUGAGUAUAGAACAAAGCCACUAGAAUACAUUUCUUACGUUGUUGGGCAUGAGGGAACUGGCAGCAUUUUGGCUUAUCUCAGGAACAGAAUGUGGGCCUUAGGCCUUGUUGCUGGAAAUGAGGGAACUGGAUUUCAUCAUAACACAAUUUGCACUUUGUUCAACAUCACAGUCUCCUUGACCGAAGAAGGGCUAAAACAUGUUCGGGAAGUGAUUGUAGCUGUGUUUUCCUUCUUAGCCAUGCUGCGGAAAGUGGGACCUGUAAAGAGUAUUUUUGAAGAAAUCCAAACGGUUGCCAACAACAGCUUUCGCUGGUCCGAAGAGGAAAGUCCAUUGGACUAUGUUGAACGUAUUUGUGCUAACAUGCAACUAUACCCACCAAAGCAUUACCUAGAUGGCGAGAUCUGCCUGUUUGAGUAUGACCCUGCAUUAAUUCAAAAAUGCCUCGACUAUCUCGUCCCUCAUAAGGCCAACAUCAUGAUCAUCUCCAGCCAAUAUCAAAACCAAGGCAUCUGCACCAAGAAAGAGCCCUACCUUGAAACGCCCUACUGUGUCCAAGAGAUUCCAAGGGAGUGGCUUGCAGAAUGGUCCAGCCUUGUGCCUGAUUCAUACUUCGAGAUCCCCGAACGAAACAAGUAUAUUGCCACUGACUUCACAUUGAAGCAAGAGAAGGUUCACCAGUCAGAACUACCAGUCAAGCUGCAUGAAGAUCAACGAUUUCGGCUGUGGUACAAGAAAGACACUAAAUUCAAUGUGCCUAAAGCUUGUGUGUUCUUUCAGCUGAUAUCACCUGUAAUGCAUGUGUCUGUUGAAAAUGCUGUCCUCAUGGACAUCCUUUGUGACACUUUGCUCCAGAACAUGAGUCAGGAAACUAAUGCUGCUGUGUGCGCAUCUCUCGACUUCACAAUAUCAGUUAAUGAGAAUGGACUCAUCAUAAGCGUUCUGGGCUUCAAUGAAAAAUUGCCAGUGCUCUUUGAUGUUAUUUUACACCAUCUAGCUGCCGUCGAAGUGAAGCAACAGCUCUUUGAAAACAUCAAAAAGCAUGUGCAAAAGCGUUAUUACAAUUUGUUUAUGAAGCCAUCACGCCUGUGCACAGACACUCGAUUCUCUAUUCUUCAGCAGUGCCAGUGGUCAAACAUAGAGAAGCGAAGGGUCAUCGAGGAUGUUACUCUAUCUUCACUUCUAUGUUUUGUUGAGGAAUUCAGGAAACGGCUUUUUGUUGAAGGCCUUGUUCAUGGAAACUUCACUGCAUCUGAGGCCAUUGCCUUUGGUGAACUUGUAGUGAAAAAACUGAAUUGUGCACCUCUCCCUACAUGUAUGAUCCCGGAGUCUCGAGUGAUGCAAAUUCCAUUUGGCAAUCAGUAUUGCAGACUUGCCUCCUUUAACAUUGAAGACCGCAACUCGAUGAUUGUCAACUACUACCAGAUAGGACCAGGUUCCAUUAAGCAGCAUGCACUUGCUGAGCUAAUGAUUGAUUUCAUGGAGGAGCCUUGCUUUGAUAUACUGAGAACGAAGACGCAGCUUGGAUAUGAUGUAAGCUGUUCAUACAAGAGUACUAGUGGUAUUGUUGGAUUCACAGUUGGCGUUUGCUCUUCUGCUGAAAAGUUUACUUGCUCAUAUGUUGACGAACAAAUUGAGCUUUUCCUCUUUGCAUUUUCGAAAAAGAUUGCUGAGCUCACCCAAGAAGAAUUUGCAACGCAAGUUUCAUCACUUGUGAAACAAAAAAGCUGUUCUGACUUGUACAUGCAGGAGGAGUCUGACAGAUAUUGGGAAGAGAUAGUUAGUUUUGACUAUGUGUUUGAUCGCCUUCAGCGAGAGAUUGACAUCCUGAAGGCGUUGACAUUGGAAGAAUUCAAAGAAAGCUGCAAACUCUUUCUUCCUUCAAAGAACUCUGGAGAGCCACACCGACGUAAACUCUCAAUUCAAAUUGUUGGCUUUGGAGAGGCAGCAAUUGCAGAGUCAAGGCCUAUUGGAUAUCCAGCCCCUCAGACUCCAACAUCCAGCACGGGUGAUAUCCACAAUGCCUCUGCCGAGGGCAAAACACUUUCCUACGAAGGAUGCAUUGAGAACAUGCACAAUGUGCCCUCCUGGAAGAACCCCAAGCUCGUUACUGAUCAGAAUAGCCCUGAAGGGAUCAGCUGUGAAGAAAUGGCCUAUUCUUUGCAGUUCCUUGAAUCAGUAAUUGAAAAACAAGACGCAGUGUAUGUGAAUGACAUAAUAGUCUUCAAACAAGGCCUAGCUGUGUUUCCUGUUUGUAAGGUCACUUCAUAAAGCCCACUUCUGGAAUGCUUUACCACCACUGCCGCUGGAUAUGUGUAACUGUCAUCUUGCAUUGUGUGUAGAGCAUUGCUCCACUCUUCGUUUCCAGUGUUGAAAUGUAUUAGCUAGUGGAGCCACCCACUAGAAGCUCUGAAGUUUUUCAAGCCAUGUUGGCUUUGCUGUAUGCAAAAGUGGUGCUCAAUGGACUCUAGUGCCUUGUGAAGUGCCGAAGAUGUAACCCUGCAGCUCAGUCUUUCACGCUUCCCAAUUUGCAUCAUUGCCUUCUGGGGGCACACUGUUGGUAUGAUAAUAAAGGAGUUUGAAAGGGCA